AUGGCAUCAUUACUACCCUUUAUUGGGUGGGCAGUUCUCCCAAAUUACGCAACAAAUAUCCUGCAAAGUGUCUAUUAUGGCAUCACCAUCCGAGCAGGCGAACCUCGGCCCAUGCCUCAAACCCCGCGGUAUGAACGUCAUCGCCGCCGGAUCUUCAUCUUCGUGAUCGUCGCCUACCUUCUCUACACCCUUUACGAAACCUUCCACCAAGUGCAAUUAGCGGGGGAUUACUAUCAGGUCCUCGGUGUAUCUCCCUUCUCCGAUGAGCGCGCUAUCAAGUCCCGAUUCCGCCGGCUCGCAGCCCAGCACCAUCCAGAUAAGUCUGGAAUGGAUAGUGGAUCAGACGCCUACUUCAUGUUCCUGCGCCGAGCUCAGGAGACCCUCGUGGAUCCCAUGAAGCGCUUCGCAUACGACCGCUUUGGUCCUGACAUGCAUAACUGGGGUGACCAGAAGACCAUGCGCGACUUCGUGAUGCACUCAUUGCUCAAGUCUGUCUUACCCCAAUAUGUGGGUGGAUUUGUGACAAUGCUGGUAUUGAACUGGCUGUGGUGGCCCAACUGGGGUCGAUACUGGCGUUUCUACACGUUUGCCGCAUUGCUCACCCUCGAACUUACCAUGAUCACACAACCCCAGGCCGUCUUCAUGCCAACUACUUACCUCCCCGAUGCAAUUCAAGCCUUCCUCCCCGAUAACUCCUUCUACCUCCUCCCGUUUCAGAUCCUCACACUCGCCCGACGUGCGUCUAUCACACUUCACAUCUUCAUUUCCCAGGUUGCUCCACCAGGUAGCAAGAAUGCCGAAAGUGGUGGUGACAAGAUCUCCCCGCAAACUAUGCAGCGAAUGGGCCAGCUAGUGACAGCCACUCGGGUGGCGGAUACCGAGGCCACGCGCAUGCUGCAGCUUGGAAUGGCGCCGUAUCGCGGGGAUCGGGAGAGCGUUUCUGCGUUAAGGAGGGGCAUGAAAGAGGGGUUGAUUCUUGGUGGCGUAAGGUCUAGUCCUGAGGUCCAGCGUGCUGUUGCGCAGGUCGUUGAACGGCUGAAAGCUGAGGGAAAGAUGGAAUAA